AUGGUCAUGCUUCGUUUUACGCAGCUCUGCACGGCAGUCGCUCUGUCGCUGUCGCUGCUCGGCUGUGCUGCCGCGCAGAACGGCGACGGUAAGCCGGGUACAUACAAGAUUGUUCAGGAAAACUCGAUGGCGUCGGCUAUGAUGCUGGGUCUCGCGAACGAAAACACUGCCUUUAUCAUGGACAAGGUCGAAGGUAACCCAAACAAGACCAACUCGGGCAAGCCCGUCUGGUCUUCGCUGGUGAACUUGGACGACUGGUCGGUCAAGGCGCUGGACGCUCAAACGAACCCUUUCUGUGCCUCUGGCGCUGUGUUGGGCAACGGCUCUUACAUUGUCGCCGGUGGCAACAAGGCCGUCGGUUUCGGCGGUGCUUCGCCGGGCGGCGACACGGGUCCUUACGGCCCUUAUAACGACCAGGACGGUCGGCGCGUCGUCCGCAUUCUCGAGCCGAACGACAACAUCGACAAGCUUGUCUGGCAUGAUGAGUUCAACAGCCAGAACCAGAUGGACUCGGAGCGUUGGUACCCUGGUAUCGAAGUCAUGGCUGAUGGCUCGGUGGUGCUUAUCGGCGGUGCUACGAGCGGUGGUUACAUCAACCGUAACUUCCCCAACAAGGACCCUAUUUAUGCCACGGAUGGAAGCAAGCCGCCUGUCGACGGCCAGUGGGCGCAGGGCGGUGCUAACCCCUCGUACGAGUUCUGGCCGCAGACGGGUGACAAGCCCAAGCCGCAGAUUUCCCAGUUCAUGGUCAAGACCAGUGGUCUGAACAUGUACGCGCACACCUAUUUGAUGCCUUCUGGACAGAUCUUCAUGCAGGCCAACUACAGCACCGUCAUGUGGGACGCGAUCAAUAACAAAGAGACCCCCCUGCCUGACAUGCCUGGCCAGGUGGUGCGUGUAUACCCUGCCUCUGGUGCGACGGCCAUGCUGCCCCUGACGCCUGCAAACAAGUAUACUCCUACGAUCCUGUUCUGCGGUGGUCUGUUCAUGGAAGACGAGAAGUGGGGUGACUACACCAAGCCGAACACAAACAUGUAUAAGCAAAUGGCCAGCUCCGACUGCUCUUCCAUCACGCCCGAGACCGCGGAUGGCAAAGCCGUCGACGGUGUGCAGUACGACCACGUUGGCGACCUCCCCGAGGGCCGUUCGAUGGGCCAGUUCAUCCAUCUUCCUGAUGGCAAGCUGGUCAUUGUGAACGGUGCUCAGUACGGUACUGCUGGCUACGGUAACACCACUUGGAACCAGGUCAAGGAUACUAACGGCAACUCGGUUAACCUCGAGGGCUUUUCGCAGGACCCUACCUACCGCCCUGUGCUCUUUGACCCCGAAGCGCCGAAGGGCAAGCAGAUCAUCACGGAUGGUCUUGGCAACUCGACGAUUGCUCGUCUGUACCACUCGUCGGCCAUUCUUAUCCCCGAUGGUUCGGUGCUGGUUGCCGGUUCGAACCCCCACCAGGACUACACGAUCCUGCCGAAGAACAUCGACUCGAAGUACAAGGGUUACGACACGACCUAUGCGCUUGAGCAGUGGUAUCCCCCCUACUACUUUGAGGAGCGUCCUCCGGUGAACGGUGUGCCGAAGGUGAUUGGAUACGGCGGUCCGUCGUUCAACGUCACGGUCCCCGCGAGCUUCAUGGGCAAGGCUGCGAACGACAUGGCGAACAGCACCAAGAUCAUGGUCAUUCGCCCUGGUUUCUCGACGCACGCGAUGAACAUGGGCCAGCGUUCGCUGCAGCUCGACAACUCGUACGAGGUGCUGGACAACGGUGAUGUGAACUUUAUCGUGAACCCCAUGCCGACGAACCAGAACAUCUUUGUGGCUGGCCCUGCGCUCUUCUUUGUCACCGUGAACGGUGUGCCGAGCAAAGGUAAGCAGGUCUUGAUCGGCAAGGAGGACCUCGGCCAUGUGCCCUUCAACAUCAAGUCGGGUAACGAGCCUGCGCCGCUGCCUGAGAAGAAGAACAACCCCAAGUUCAACGCCAAGCUGAACCAGUCGCCGUCGUCGCUCGGCAAGAGUGCCGAGAACAACUCGCUGUCGGGCGGUGCGAUCGCCGGUAUUGUGGUGGGUAUCAUCGCCGCCGUGAUCCUUUUCCUGCUUGCCCUGCUCCUGUUCCUGCGGUACCGUCGCCGCAACGGCACGGACAGCAAGUACUCUGCGCUGGGCAACGCGAACGGCAAUGUGCCGCCGAGCCAGGGCCCACGUGCCCAGACGACGCCUCACGCUGGUGCGGUCGGUGCCAUGCCGUGGGCCAGUGCGGCGAACGAGGGUGUGCAUCGCGACCAGCCUUAUGAUGAGUCGCGCGUGCGUAUGAUGGCUGGUAACGAGUCGCAAACUGAGCUGCACGACCCGAACCAGUCCACGGAGCCGUUCGGACCCAAGGGUCAGUUCAACUCGUACAGCACGCUUCCGCACUCGAACAGCCGUCACGAUGGCGACUUGUCCAUGAACGGUCACAUGGGCGCUCGCUACUCGGACCAGGUUCCGAUGUCGAAUAUGGCUGCCUCUACACACUACCCGAGCGGCCAUUCCCAAUCCCCCUACUCGGGCAACUCGCCCCCUCACACCGGUACGGAGAUGCAUUCGGUGCAGUCGCACCAGAUGCAGCCUAGUGUCACGACCCAUGGGGGCUACACCAGCGCUGUCGGCUCGCCCGCGCGUACUCCGCAGAACGCCCCGGUGCUGCUCCCCGACCCGCAGUCCGAGCAUGGCAUUGCUGGGUACCCGGCGCAGCAGCAGUACCAGUACCCUCAGUCCCACUCGCAAGCGUCGCACCUUGCGGGCCCCCGUGAGAUGCCGAUUCGCUCGAACCUGCAGCAGCAUCUGCACAUGACUGGCCAGGAUGCCGGACAGAUCCGGCGCAUUCAGUAA